CCGAAUCAGUAGGCGACAACCAAUAAUACGAACGCUUAGAAUUCAAAUACAAGAUCCAUUUUUCGUCGCAGGUUAAUAACCGAUCAAGAAAUGGUGUUCGUUAGCGUUGCGCGAAAUGUUUGCUGAACAAAUGCUGACGAAGAUGCAAACGAAUAGUUUCAGGACUCACUCUGAACAUUUCUGCAAGUUCUUGGCACGUUGUCCUGGAAUUUGCGUCCACAACCUGUCGAAGAUACUCGUUGUUCACGAUUUUUGGUCUCCCUGAGCGCG